CUGAAGAACGCACGCAGUGCGCAGGCGCUGUUACGCGGACGGGUAGCGCCGAGGGACGCUCCGUGCCGAUGCGCUCCGCUUCCUGCGAGGGAAAGGCCUGGCUUGAGACAAAGGGGGGGGAGGCGAGCGGGGAACAUCCGGGUCAUUAGCCGCCGCCGCCUGAAUCCGGGACACGCGCGGGAGCUGCUGCUGCGGCCGCUACUCGGAGGACCGUGAAGAUGUCGGGGAUCGCGCUGAGCAGACUUGCGCAGGAGAGGAAAGCCUGGAGGAAGGACCACCCGUUCGGUUUUGUAGCAGUACCAACAAAAAAUCCAGAUGGUACAAUGAAUCUCAUGAAUUGGGAAUGUGCUAUUCCAGGAAAGAAAGGGACACCAUGGGAAGGAGGCUUAUUUAAGUUACGGAUGCUUUUCAAGGAUGAUUAUCCUUCAUCACCUCCAAAAUGCAAAUUUGAGCCACCUUUAUUUCAUCCAAAUGUGUAUCCUUCAGGCACAGUGUGUCUGUCCAUCCUAGAAGAGGAUAAGGAUUGGAGGCCUGCAAUCACAAUUAAACAGAUCUUGUUAGGAAUUCAAGAACUCCUAAAUGAACCAAAUAUUCAGGACCCAGCUCAAGCAGAGGCUUACACAAUCUACUGCCAAAACAGAGUGGAAUAUGAAAAGAGGGUUCGAGCACAAGCCAAGAAGUUUGCACCAUCAUAAACUCCUGUCAUCCAGCAUCUUAAAGGAAGGGAUUAAUUAGCAAGAACUUGUUUACAAAACUUUUGCAAACCUAUUGUCACUAUGUACAAUUAAUAGUCACUUGGGGGGAGGGGGUUGUAUGUGUGCCAUUUUCCAUAUUCGCCACUUGUACACAGUUCUAAAUUUGCUGAAUCCCCCCCCCCGUUUUUUCAUACAGGGUCUCUUCCUUCAGUCUUUUGUAUUUUUGAUUGUUAUGUAAAACUUGCUUUUAUUUUAAUAUUGAUGUCAGUAUUUCAACUGCUGUAAAACUAUAAACUUUUAUACUUCUAUAAAUUCACUAAUAUCUCUAGUUUCUUUGCUCUCUGGUGCAGGCAUGCUUUAAUCUGUUUAGAAGUUUUAUUUUGCCUCUACUUGGCUGUAAGAAGAAAAAACAUGCCCUCCACCCCCUUUGGUUUUCUAUCAAUAAGAAAUUAGGUCGUUGUUGCUUAAAAGCUCAGAUCCAAAGUCAGUCAGCAUUUUGAUUCUGCAUCACUUCCUUUGUGUUUAUGGCGUUUUGUCUGUGUUGCUGUUUAGAGUAAAUAAACUGUUUCUAUAAA